AUGGAAACCAGAGAUACCAGGAUACAAGGAAUUCCAGAAUACCAGGGAAACCAGGGAUAUCAGAGAAAACAGGGAUACCAAGGAAACCAAAGGAACGGUCAAGGGAAACUAAAGGUACUACGAAUACAGAAGAACCAGGGUAAGAUAAGAAGAACCAGAGGAAUUAAGAAUUACCAAGGAUACCAGGGAACUCCCAGGAACCAAAGAAACCAGAGAAACCCGGAACACCAGGGUAACCAGGGAAACCAGGGAAACCAGGGAAACCAGGAAAAAUCAGGAAAACCAGGGAAAACAGGGAAACCAGGAAAACCAGGGAAACCAUGGGAACCAGAGGAAACAGGGAAACCAGGAACACUAGGGAAACCAGAGAAAACAAGAACACCAGGGACGUCAGGGGAACUGGGGGAACCAGGAAUAUCAGAGGAACCAGGGGAAACCAGGGGAACCAGCGGAACUUGGAAACCAGGGGAACCAGAGAAACCAGGAAAACCAGGAAAACCAGGAAAACCAGAAACAGCAGAGAAACUAGGAAAACCGGGGAUGCCAGGAAACUUAAAGGAAUCAGGAGAAGCAGAGAAACAAGCGAAACUAGAGAAACAAGAGACACCAGGGAAACCAGGGAAACCAAAGGAACUAGUGCAACCAGGGGAACUAGGGAAACCAGGGAAACAGGGGAAUCAAGGGAACCAGGGGAACCAGGGAUACCAGGGGAAUCAUGGAAAUCAGGGAAAAUUUAAGUAA